UUGCAGCUGUUUUUUCUAUUGAAUGCAGCUCUAAACGGUCCGCGUUAAUCUUGAAAAACUAAUGCGUACGCAAAACGUGAGCUGGUUAGGUAUCGCUCAAUUUGAUAGAAACGAUGAAGCGGUUGUCAUAGCUUUGGUACGUAAGUAAAAAUCUGGAAAUGAAACAAUUACCGCCAUACAUAGUUACCACCCUACUUAGCUCUUGACCAUAAAAGACAUGUGGAAGAGUAUUUAUUGUUUAAUUCUUCGAAAUUAUCUAAAAAAUGUGUAUUUUGCUAAAGCUAACUACAUCAAUUCUUAAGAACUCCAUAGGAAUACGUUCCAUCAACACAACAACUACGAACCUGGUCAAAGAAAUUCAGCAAAAACAAGAGACCUCCUUAAUAUUUGAAGGAGUAAGGAAACCAUCACCUCGCGUCAACCUCACGUUGAAAGGGAUUUGUGGGUCGAAAUUCUGUCCUGAAUGUACGUUGGGUUUAGACCUUAAACAUACCGAUGUGCUGAUUUUAUCACAAUAUGUUCGCUCAGAUGGUUGCAUGUUACCUAAACGCAUCACUGGUCUUUGCUACCGUCAGCAAAAAAGGAUAGGUUCCCUUGUAACUAUGGCGCAGAAGGCGGGGCUAAUGCCGAACUUGGCGCCAGCUGGAAGUAAGAAAGAUCCGAAAAGGCGUUUCGGUUGGAAAAAGUUCAAUAAAUAUUUCUAUGAAAGCACUAUCAAAUAUUAAUAUCGGUAAGAUCAGAUUUUUUAGUUAAUGCUUGCGAUUAGAAAUAUGUAAAAGGAAAUCGUUAAAAUAAAUCUUGCAAAACGGUA